GCAGGCGUGUACAGUACUACAGGGUGUGGAGGAGCUGGCGGGAGACUAGGGACUUGCAGUAUCACUGUGGAACUGCAACUAACGCUUGCCUCUGCAAUCGACAUGGCGCCUUUUGCUGCUCGUCAGUUUGAGCCCCGGCUUCACCUUCUCCUAUCAGCUGCUGUGGCAAUCUGUUCCGCUUUUAACAUCGAUGUAAAGUAUCCAAUUAUUAAAGAGGGACCAUCCGGCAGCUACUUCGGAUAUUCGGUGGCUUUGCACCGGCAGUUGAAAGAUCAGGAUCGCUACCUGUUGCUGGUUGGUGCUCCUCAGGCAGCAGGUCUCAAGGAUCAAUUGGCAAACCGCACAGGAGCCUUAUUCUACUGCCCUGUAUCACUAUCACGCCAAGACUGUAAACGUGCCAUGUUUGAGAAGCCAACUGAUCCACAAACUGAAAGUAAGGAAGACCAGUGGCUUGGAGUCACAGUGGCAAGCCAAGGGCCUGGUGGGAAGGUGCUGGUAUGUGCACACCGCUAUGAGAAGAGACAACUGACCCAACAGGAUGAGAAGAGAAUUUUGGUGGGUCGCUGUUUUGUCAUAAGUGACAACAUCGCCAUCAAUCCAGAUGAUGACUGGGACACUUCUCCAGUGCAGUUCUGUGAAAACAUAGGGGACGACCACCAGGGACUGCUUAUGUGUCAGCAGGGCAUGGCUGCAGGAUUCACACACCCCAAUCACUACGCAUAUUAUGGGGCGCCGGGUGGCUGGAACUGGCAAGGAACUGUCCAAGUCGCACAAAAGAACAUCACAUUUGUCGAGCUCAAUAUAUUGGAUGAUGGCCCUUACCUGCUUCAAGAUUUAGAAAAGGCUCACAGCUACAUAGGAUAUGCACUCACUUCUGGAAAGAGGAUCACACAUGAGGACCAAUUCAGCUAUGUGGCAGGUGGCCCCCGCCACAAUCACACAGGGGCAGUGUUUCUUCUUGGAAUCAGCAGCACAGAUGACCUAAGUAUAACGCACACUAUAAUGGGAAGUCAAACAGGAUCAUACUUUGGGAGUUCAGUGGUUGUUGCUGAUCUUGACAAUAAUAGCUGGCAAGACAUAAUUGCCGGGGCUCCUCAUUACUUUGACCACAAGAAGGAGAUCAGCGGGGCUGUGUAUAUUUACAUGAAUGUGGCGGGGAAGUUCCCAGACAAACCCAACCUGGUGUUAAAUGGCUCACUGGGCUCUAUGUUUGGUCACACCGUCAGCAGUAUUGGAGACAUUAAUCAAGAUGGAUUUCAAGAUAUCGCCAUUGGAGCUCCUUACGAUGGUUCUGGCAAAGUUUUUAUUUACCAUGGCAGCAAGGAUGGACUAGACCCUAAACCAAGUCAGAUCAUCGAUGGAGCAGACCUAGGAAAAUCUGAUCAUAUCAAGACAUUUGGCUAUUCAAUCAAUGGAGGGAUUGAUGUCGAUAAGAACGAUUACCCUGACAUUUUAAUCGGAACAUUAUCCGACCGAGUCAUUUUACUGAGAUCUCGACCAGUUAUUAAUAUUAGUAACAAUUUCACUGUGCGCCCAAAAAUCAUCGAUCCCAGCGUCUGCAGCAUAAAAUCCUGUAUCACAGUGAAGGUUUGCUUCUCGUACAUCGUGAGUACUGGGAAUAAAAAGUACAAUCGCAACAUUACUCUUGAGUACACAUUGGAGGUCGAAAAAGAGAGGCGCACUUCUCCACGUGUUAAAUUUGUUAAGACAAACAGUGACACUUAUUCUGGGUUUUAUUCAAUGCCGAGAGGAAAAUGCCAGACUGUCCACCUGGGAUUGAUGGACAAUGUGGAGGAUAAACUUCAACCCAUUUCUAUCCAUCUGAGUUACGUUAUUAUUAAUAAAAGUGAGUCUGGUCAAAGAAUGGUCGAUAUGAAUGAUUAUCCCAUUUUGAAUGUACUCCAACAGCAUGCUGACACACAAGAGGUACACAUUCAGAAGGAAUGUGGCAAUGAUCGGAUCUGCAAAAGCAAUCUCCAAAUGAAAUAUGGGUUUGCCAGAUUAGGGAUCAAUGACAUGCUUCACCCCAUCAGAAGAAUAAAUGACAAGCAAAUCUUGGAGUACAACCCACAAUUCAACUCAUACGCCCCUAAGCUUGUAUUGCAAGUGAAUGUAACAAAUUUCCCAACAACAUCCACUAAUGGCGAGGAUGCACACCAGGCCAGGCUGAACAUUACUCUGCCUGAAACGUUGACAUAUGCCGGUCUUCGUGCAGAAUUAGUAAAGUGCAAUCCUGUGGACCGUUACGUCGUGAUCUGUGAAUUGGGAAAUCCUUUCAAAAAGAAUCAGAUGGCUAUGUUCAAUAUAAUUCUUGAAAUAAGUGGAAUAACUCUUAAUACGAGAGAGAUUGAUGUGGCGCUCCAACUUUUAACGGAAAGUGUGCAAAGUGAUUUGAAAUCCGUUUUGGCAUCAGUAUCUGUGGAAAUUCAACUGCAAGUUAACCUUAUUGGGGAAAAGAAAAUACAGCAAACAUACUUCAGUGGUACUGUCAUGGGUGAAAGUGGAAUGCAGAGUGUUGAAGAUGUAGGAAGCCCUGUGGACUUCACCUUUGAGGUGACAAAUCUUGGAGAGUCUUUGGGUGACUUAGGAACACUUUACCUCAGCUUUCUGUGGCCAUAUGAAAUCAGUAAUGGGAAGUGGUUGCUAUAUCUCACUGAAAUUGAAAUGAAUGGGACAGCAAACCAGUACUGCGUGCCAGCAGAAAACAUUGUAAAUCCACUGCAUUUAACGAUGAAUAAAGGAGCAAGCCGCCCAGAAAGAAAAAAACGUGAACUGAGAUCUGCAGCUGCCAAGAAUUUAAAAGUACCGGCUACACUUAAAAAAGGAAAAGGCGACUUGAGCUUAGAUUGUAAACAGGAACACUCAGCUCGGUGUCAGCAAUUUAAUUGUCUGCUGCACAACAUGACUCACAAGGCUACAGUAACGAUCCGAGCACGGCUGUGGAACAGCACCUUCCUGGAGGAAUACAGGGACUACAGUCGGAUUAUUGUACUCAUAGAGGCAUCCUUGCACUUGAUGACAAAUAUUUCCACAAUCAAAAUGACACAACCAGAUGUGACAACAUUUCUCUAUAUUGAGUCCCAAGUUAAUGAUGAACCGCCUUAUGAGAUAUCAGAAUGGAUCAUUGCAGUAGCAGUGCUGGCAGGAAUCAUACUGUUGAGUCUGAUAAUACUUUUACUAUGGAAGUGUGGUUUCUUCAAGAGAGCGAACACACGAGCCAUGUAUGAAGCCAAAGAGCAAAAGGCUGAAAUCAAGAUUCAGCCUUCAGAAACUAAGCGGCUUACUGAUGGUGACUAAUGCUGGCCAACCUCGCUUCCUGCACUUUUUGUGUGGCUUCUUCAAGAGAACACGAUACUACAGGAGUAUGCCAAAGUAUCAUGCUGUGAAGAUCCGCAAAGAAGAGCGCUACUUUAUCACAGAAGGCUUUACAAAGAAGAAAACCCAGAAGAAGCAAUGGGUAACAAACUGGAAAGACAAAGACAGUUACUAGUAAUUGCUUCUCCCUGAAUUGAAGGGGCCACACUGCUGUGUUCAAAUAUUUUUCUGGCUAAUAUUACAGGGAACUGGACCAGUGUAUCAACAUUUCUGUUCACAUUAGUUUAGUUCUAUUUAUAAUAACUUAUGUUUCAGUCAAAUGCAAGAUUUUUUUUUAAUGAGACAAAGUUUAUAAAGCACAGUGGAAACAUGUCUUGAUGCCUCUUGAAGUUGAUCUUUGAGCUACUGAUAGGUGCAGGAACUUAGUUUUCCCAGUGAGCUGAGAUUGUUAAGAUUUCAAUGCACUGAAAUAUGGGGAGGAGAGUGGAAAGAAGUGCUUCAUGUUAGAUAUAUUGUUAUGUAAUAAUUCUUAUUCUAAAGUAACAUGGGUUAAAGUUUAAUUUAUUGUGUUAUAAAGGGAAGAGAGGUCCGUUUGAAAUAUAGUUUGGAGGGUGGGAGGUACUUUAAUUGAAAAUCAGUUGAAGAGCCCUUGCAAGAGUUACUGCCAGCCACAAUUCUGUAUAAGAAAACCUGAAUUCAAAUUAUAAGACCAACUUGGCCAAUGCUAAUUCGAUAUCUGGUAAUCUUACAUUUGUGCUGUUAGUGUUGCAUAUCCCUUUUCCUGGCCACACUGUACUUGCAAUACAACUAUUUCCAUGAUUAUAACUUAAGUGUGAUAGUCUAGUGUAUGACCUUUCCCUCUGUGCCCUACCUAUUGAAUAGCCAUUGCAGAUUGCAAUAUUUAAAUAAGUUUCAAUUCUGUGACAUCAAUAUGCAAUUAUUAAAAGAGAAUGAGAAGUA